AUUGUCACAAAGGCUCAGUACUAAUCUCUAUCGUCAUCCCCAACUGUCUCUCCUCUCACACGAGCACAAGUCAUCAUGGCAACUAAAAUAGUUAUUCAGCAGCCCAAGCCACUUGUUCUGGCUCCUGGUUCUGACCAGUGGUCCACUGGCAUCUGUGAAUGUGACAACCUCAAUGACUGUUGCUUUGCGCUCUGGUGCUGCCCAUGUUUCGCCUGCAUCACAGCCAGAGAUCACGGAGAGUGUCUCUGCCUGCCUCUGCUGGACAGUUUUGGUCUCUUCCCACCCAUCAGUAUGGCCAUGAGAGUGUCUGUCCGACGCACCUAUGGAAUUGAGGACUCUAUCUGCAAUGAUUGUGUGUUGUCCUUCUGCUGCGGUCCGUGCUCCUACUGUCAGAUAAGACGUGAGCUGAUAGCUCGCAACCACCCCGUCACCCUCUUCCGCAACCGAGCAAAAUAAAAAAACGUCAUCGUCAGUCACUAAUU